GCCGGGGCGCGACGAUGGAGGAGCCGCAGCGCGCCCGCUCGCACACCGUCACCACCACCGCCAGCUCCUUCGCGGAGAACUUCUCCACCACCAGCAGCAGCUUCGCCUACGACCGCGAGUUCCUCCGCACCCUGCCCGGACUCCUCAUCGUGGCGGAGAUCGUUCUGGGACUGCUGGUAUGGACACUGAUCGCUGGAACUGAGUACUUCCGGGUCCCUGCGUUUGGCUGGGUCAUGUUUGUAGCUGUGUUUUACUGGGUCCUCACCGUCUUCUUCCUCAUCAUCUACAUAACGAUGACCUACACCAGGAUUCCCCAGGUGCCCUGGACCACGGUGGGUCUGUGCUUUAAUGGCAGUGCCUUCGUCUUAUACCUCUCAGCCGCUAUUGUGGAUGCGUCUUCUGUCUCCCCGGAGAGGGACAGUCACAACUUCAACAGCUGGGCAGCCUCUUCGUUCUUCGCCUUCCUGGUCACCAUCUGCUAUGCUGGAAAUACAUAUUUCAGUUUUAUAGCUUGGAGAUCCAGGACCAUACAGUGAUUCACCAUUCUGAGAAUUAAAAGGGAAAAAAAAAGGAAGAAUCUCACUGUAAAAACAGCUGUAGGUAUAAUGUAUAUUUCCAGAGAAU